AGUUUCGGUUCCUCCAACCUUUGGUUUCAACCUAAAACACUGAGCUGAAGGAACUUUCAUAUCGAACUCCGCUCCGCUCUCAGCUCAGCUCUGGAGACCUCCCGGCUGCGGAGCUACUGCCGUGGCUGCAGCCGUAGACUGCUUAAACACGCCGGAGAUGGCGAGUCGGAGCCUGGGGGACCGCGGAACUGACCCCGCAGUCGCCUCUAGUGAGCUCCCUGCCCCAGGCCGAUCGCGUGACCUUCGUGAGGAAGAUAGUGCUCCGGCAUCAGGAAGAAUGAGAGAAGAUGAGAAACAAAGGGUGAUAAAAAGUGGCAGUGAAUGUAAUCCCCUGCUCCCAGAACUCAUUGCUUCUGCUCACUUGGGUGGUACUGCAGUGACACAGUGCCAUAAGUCUAUCCCCUCUGGUUGGGAACGAGUUGUGAAGCAAAGGUUAUCAGGGAAAACGGCAGGAAGGUGUGAUGUGCUUUUUAUCAGCCCUCAAGGACUGAAGUUCAGAUCCAAAAGGUCACUUGCUAAUUAUCUUCACAAAACUGAAGAGAGUCGUCUUAAACUGGACGAUUUUGAUUUUGCUGUACUGUCUGAAAGGAACAUCAAAUCAAGCAAGGAAGCGCUCUCAUCCCAAGUGCAAAAGGAAUGUGUCGAUUCAAACUGGAACCUCAGGACCAAAAGGAAGCCGAAAAAUGAUGUGGUUUUUCUCCCACGUGAUAGUUCAGAUAGCACCGGACUUUCUAACCCUGCUCCCAUUCACUCAUUGUUGAAAGAAGAUGAAGAUGUUAAUGAUGUUAAGCCCAGAAAGGUUAGAAAAUCGAAAGGAAAGAUGACUAUUAUGAAAGGAAUUCAAAUUAAGAAAACCAAAACAGGGUGCUGGAAGAGUAGUCUGUCGGGUUCUGUUCAAAGGAGGAGGACAAGGGGGUCUCUGUAUACCACAGCAGAUGUGGAAGGUGAGCCUGCUGCACAAGAGAGUCAGCCCGGCACUUCUGAUGCCCCAGCUAGGACUGAGAGCCCAGCUGUGACUGAUGAGGAAAGGGGACCUGUCCAGGAGAAGCCGUUAUCUCCCAGAUCACAUGUUCAUUCUGGGAAACUAACUUCAAACAAGACAGAGCACAAGAAGUGUCAAAAUACCUUUCUAGACUCUGAGGAAAUCAGAAACAAAGUAGAAGUUAGAGAGAAGAAACACUUACAUGUUGACAUCAAAUGUGACUCUGAGCCAGACAAUUGCCACUCACAAGCUGAGAAAAACUUUACUGCUGUGAGGAUAUUUCAAGAAGACAUGCCUGUUCCACGGACACAAAUAGAAAAAAGGAAAACAAGCCUAUAUUUUUCCAGCAAAUAUAACAAAGAAGCUCUUAGCCCUCCUCGACGAAAAGCCUUUAAGAAGUGGACACCUCCUCGAUCACCUUUUAAUCUUGUUCAGGAAACGCUGUUUCACGAUCCUUGGAAGCUCCUCAUCGCAACUAUCUUUCUCAAUCGGACCUCAGGCAAAAUGGCAAUACCUGUGCUUUGGGAGUUUCUGGAGAAGUACCCUUCCGCUGAAGUAGCAAGAAGCGCUGACUGGAGAGACGUGUCAGAGCUGCUCAAACCUCUCGGUCUCUAUGAUCUUCGAGCAAAGGCCAUUGUCAAGUUCUCAGAUGAAUAUUUGACAAAGAAGUGGAAGUAUCCGAUUGAGCUUCAUGGAAUUGGUAAAUACGGCAACGACUCUUACCGGAUUUUUUGCAUCAACGAAUGGAAACAGGUACACCCUGAAGACCAUAAGUUAAAUAAGUACCAUGACUGGCUUUGGGAAAAUCAUGAAAAAUUAAAUCUAUCUUAAAACACCUUUGAGUUUUCAAACUCAGGUUUUGAGCAUUGCUUUUUGACCUCAAGUCUAAAAGCUUCCUUGAGCACAACCAGCCACCUUUUCAAGCAUAUAGAUGUUUGUCAGCCCAAUAGAAACCAAAAGGUGUUCUCUGACUGCGUGCAAGUGUCACCGAUGGAUCUUUGCUCCUGAAUGGACUAGACCAUGUUUGGGGAUGUUUUUAAAUAAAUUCUUAUUUUAUAACAAUCUUAAAA